CUGAAGGGCACGAAGAAUGUCUGGGACGAAGCUGAAGUAACUAAACUGUGAUUGAUGGUUAACUCCCGUUAAUUUACACCUUCAUCACGUAAUAAGUCAUUCGUGUAGGUACCACAAAAACCGACAGUAUAUGGUUUGUUUUUGCAAAAUUUAUCUGUUUUACUACGACAAAUAUCUGGACAAUUUAGAUGUGGAUCAAUCUCACGAAAGCAUAAACCCAAUCUACAGAGAGGAAGAAAUGAAACAAUUAGUAAUAUAAUAAGGAUUUGCCAGUGUUUUAAUGAAGAGCAGAUCGUUUUGAGGAGAAAAAGACGAAAUCUCUUCUCGAAGAUGAAUAAACAUGAAAAGAGGAUUAUUGGUUGAAGUGUCUCAAUAAUAUUAUGUUAUCUCAUAGACAUUGAAACUGUCGAUUUGAUCUCAUACGAAGAUAUGUACUUACUGUACUGACUAACCUCCAAUAGCAUGGAAUGGAUAUUUAGUGCAGCGUGAUUUUCUAUAUUAUUGAUUGGGUUAUCGAUAGAACAGUUUAAAUUUAUAUUCAAUUAUUUAUUGAUUAUAAGAUUAUUUUUGAUAAUUUGUACCUGAUUGAGUCCAUUAUGACAGUUUCCAUCUACAUGUAUUUCUUUACUUUAUUUGUUAUAUACACGUCAUUGUAUACAUUAUACAGUAAUCCUAGUCCAUUAUACUUUAUUUAUCAAGAAGCAUGGCCUUCAUCAUUGGCAUGGAAAUGUAGUGGUACACCAAUAUUAAAAGGACAACGUGUUCAGUUCAUUGAAGAAGCAACGAAAGUUUAUUAUGAUACAUUAAUGUCUGGAAGAUUUAUAGAAGAUAAGAAUUUAGAUAUUGUCAUACCACCGAAUAGUAUAUUAAAAUCAAAAGAUUAUUUAAAUAUGCUUAAUCUAGUUAUACAUACAUCAACAAAAAAUUUUGGUAAUCCAGUUGUAAUGCGAAUUAAUUGUGAAUUAAUGAAUAAUUUAAAAUGGGUCAAAGAAGUGUACAAUAGAGCAUUAUCAAGGAAUACAAAAAUAUUUAGAGCUAUACUGGAUAUUAUUUAUAGAUUGGGUUUAUGCUUUCGUGAGAUUGAUCCACAUCUAAAUUGUCCAGAUAUUUGUCGUAGUAAAACAGAUAAAUUUUGCAAAAACAAACCAUAUACUGUCGGUUUUUGUGGUACCUACAUGAAUGACUUAUUAAGUGAUGCAAAUAUCAAUUAUACAGAAAAGAAAGAGGUAAAAGAAUUAAAAAGAAUUUUGAAAAAUUGGUUAUUACAUGUACCUGUCGAGAGACGUCUACCGAUUGAAUUUUUUCUGCAUUUUAUCAGUAAUAAAAAAUUAUUUGUGAAAGCCAUUGAAAUUCAAAGACAAAGUUCAUUGAUAGCUUAUUGUCCUUGUGAAGCUAAAUAUGUAUAUGACAAAAUUUCAGAUACAUGUUCAGAUAAAAAGGGGGAACAUGGUUGUUACAGUGAUAGUUAUUGUGCCAAUGGGGGUACAUGUGUACAAAAUCUAGGGAUGAAUCACCUGGAAUCAGGCUUACUUUGCCAAUGUCCACCUGCUUUUAAAGGUACUCAGUGCGAGUAUGAAAGAAAUCCAUGUGAAGAUAAAGUUGGCUGUGCUCCGUUUCCUUGUGUGCGAGAUCCACAAAAUCUAGAGUAUGGUUUCCGUUGUCAAUGUCCCACAACACAUCAAUACCAGACUAAAGGUGAACCCAAGUGUGUACCUGUACCACUUUGUGGUGAAUUCAAUAUAACAAGUGAAUUGAAAAUGAAAAGCCAACCAUGUAGGAAUUCUGGUCAGUGUAUCCAAAAUACUAAUGAUUCUACUUUGUAUAAAUGUAUCUGUAAUCAUGGUUAUACUGGUGAUCAUUGUGAGAUUGAACCAACACCAGCUAUAUGGAGUGUAUGGUCAGCAUGGUCUAAUUGUGUAUGGCCUGACUUAAAUGAAAUAUGCCACAUAAAACCAUAUCGUCAACAAACACGCACUUGUAUAACUUAUGUAAUCAGUCAAAAAUGUGUCGGGGAAACAAAAAGGAUAACACAUAUUGGAUGUGAUAUGAGUGUACUUCAUUCAAAAUCAGACAUCAACAUAUCACAAACAAAACGUGAGGACCUAAUAAACGCAGUAAAAUUAUGUGAUUUAUAUAGUCAACAAUAUGUUACGUCAACAAGUGAAUAUGGAUUAAACGAACAAUUAAUAACAGUUGAAGAAGUCGACGAUCGGAGUACAACCGGUUUCCAAGAUGCACCACAACCACAUUUGAAUGAGUCAAUAGGAACUGAUCAAUCACAGUCAGCAAACGUCCCUACCAGACGAGAUUAUCUACUCACCACAGGAUGGAUAUAUGUGAUUGUGCUACAUAUAGGAACAAUACUCUUAUGGAUUCAUUAUAUACACCGUUGGAGAACACAUGGAAGAGAUUAGUCAAUAAGCAUUUUAAUAACGUCAAUUUCGGUUCUUUGAUUUGCUUAACACAUGUUUUGCUUUUUCACCAAUAGUACUAUUGCAAAUUUACAGAAGUAUUUGGAGUGGAACAGACUAUAUCUAUUCUGACGUAGCGUUUAUUGCAAAUGCGACAUCCUCGGGAUAACUAAUAAAAGUCAACUCGUGUUAGUCAGAUGUUUUGAUUCACUUUAGUAAUCUCUAGAAGCACACAAAUGUAGUUUCACUUAACGACAAACUCAAGUAUCAUUCAAGCAG